UAACCUUUCUGUACAACUGUGGUGAGAAGAAUAGCAUCACAGAAUGCUAUUCUGAGAUGCGGGUUGGCGUUGUUUGGGUGGCAUGAGGGGAGCCUACACAAUAUUAAGCAGGUGGUUUUAAUUUUGUAGCUGAUCGGUGUAUACAUAUAUGCGUCGAAAAUUUCGUUCUUACUGUAGUGCAUAAAAUUCAAUGUUUUUGUGGGUCAAAGUGCCUCAAAAUGAUUUCACUAAAUUUCAAUAAUAUUGACAUUAUUGUUUUCCUCUCCUGGGCAUGUGAGGCCUCUGCUUCUCUGCAUUUAGAGAAUAUGCUGUGGUCACUGCCAGAGCAGAGAGAUCAUUUUAACAUUGGAUUUAACCUUAUUUUUUGUUGCAUUUAAAAAAAAUAAAAGGGCUAGUUUGCAUGCACACACACUCAAAAGUUAGAGAAAAAAGAAAAUUCGGUCAUAAUUUUCUCACCUUUAUGUUGUUCCAAACCAGUAUGACUUUCUUCCUUGGAACACAAAUGGAGCUGCAAUAUGCCAGCCUGGCAGCCUCAGUCACAAUUUACUUUCAUUUUAUGGAAAAAAAAGAUGCCAUUAAAGUGAAUGGUGAAUGAGAUUGUCAGUCCCUAACAGUAAUAUCUCCUUUUGUGUUCCAGGGAAGAAUAAAAGUCAGAGUUAGAAUGACAGGAGAGUAAAUUAUGCCCAAUUUUUUUUUAAUUUUGAGUGAACUAUACAUUUGAAUUGAAACCACAGAAAAUUCAAGUUAGGUUUACUUGCUACUGUAAAUUAGUCUGUGCAUUAAGGUGGUUCUUAAAGUAUGAUGAUGAUCCAAAUGCUUUUGUGUGUGUGUGUGUGCUUAAUUCACUGUCUAACACUGUUCUCUUACAGGAUGUGAAUUGUAACAUGUGGUCUGUCAAAUAUGAUGUUCUCUCCCCUCCCCCCACCCCAUCCUUUCAGUUUAACUGCAGCCCUUUAAAAAGAACUGACAGUUGCUAUAGAACCAAGAGUGCUUUGCAGCGAUUUAUAUUGAACCACCUUAAUCUGCAUGGAUCUGUUCCUUGUUUCCAAUAUGUAUGUGUGUCUCUCUAUAACGUAACGCAGAACUUAUUUCCUCAGCAUUUAAGGCUAAGGGGUCCCAUCAGGCCCCGAUUGCCACCUCAUCGCCCACUUCUCUCUUUUGCCGAAGAAACUGGAACUGAGAAGUGGAAUACAGCAGCGAGCGCAGGAAAAUUUCCACCAAAUGGGUUCUAACGGAUAGGUAUGAUGGCCGCGGUCAUUUACAUGACCUUUCAGAAUAUGAUGCAGGCUCGUGGAAUCACGAUUACCAGUUGUCAGAGGAGGAGGCCAGGAUAGAGGCUCUGUGUGAUGAGGAGAGGUAUCUGGCCAUGCACACUGAUCUACUGGAAGAGGAGGCCAGGCAAGAGGAGGAAUAUAAAAGACUAAGCGAAGCUUUGGCCGAUGAAGGGACCUACAACGCAGUGGCCUUCCGUUACAGCGCAGACUACUACGACCCCUCCCAGCCCACUGAGGAAGAUGAGGCCGGCAAAGAAACAGAUCAAGAUCAGCUAGAGGAAGAGAGUGAGGAACCAUUUGUGGCGCCCCCUGGCCUCGUCAUCCCUCCGGACGUUGAGCUGCCUGCGACCACCAAGACUCACGCCAUUAUUGAGCGCACCGCCAACUUUGUGUGCAAGCAAGGGGCCCAAUUUGAAAUUGUGCUGAAGGCGAAGCAAUCUGGGAAUUCCCAGUUUGAUUUCCUACGGUUCGACCAUUACCUGAACCCUUACUACAAACACGUUCUUCUAGCUAUGAAGGAAGGGAGGUACACCCUGGCUUCAGAAGGCAAGCAAGACCAGAAACAGGAAUCAAAGUCAAAUGAUUCUGAUGAUGACGAUGAUGACGGAGAUGGAAACUACCUUCACCCGAGUCUGUUCGCAUCCAAGAAGAGCUCUCGUCUGGAGGAAAUAAUGAAGCCUUUGCAGGUCAUUGACCCGGAUCACCCUUUGGCAGCGCUGGUUCGGAAAGCCCAACAGGAAAAUAAUGGUGCUGCGGCAGUGACAACCAGAGUGGAGGGAGAGCAUCAAACCUCAGUAGUAACCACACAGGCAGAAUAUACCACUGAUCCUAAUGUGGCGGCAAUGUACUAUGGCUACUGUAUGCUGCCUGACGGUACGUACUGCCUGGCCCCACCGCCUCCUGGAAUUGACGCCAGUGCCUAUUACACCUCACUGCCCACAGGCAUGAUGCCGGCUCUUCCUUCGACUGGCCCACCACCUCCCCCUGGCACCACACCUACCUUGGACCCUGUGGCUGCAAUCCCAUCAGUCCCUGUUGCAGGUCCAGUCACAGUGUCGACUCUAUCAUCUGCUCCUAUCACCCACACUGCUCCUGCUGCCCCUCCAGCUUCCAGCUCUCAGCCUCCUCAAACCACCGUCGCCCCAGUGCCGGCAGCCACUCCUGUCCCAGCCAUCAUCCCCCCGCCCCCCGACAUCCAGCCUGUCAUUGAUAAACUAGCUGAGUAUGUGGCCAGAAAUGGGGUGAAAUUCGAGACCAGUGUGCGUGCCAAGAAUGACCCACGGUUUGACUUUCUGCAGUCCUGGCACCAGUACAACUCCUAUUAUGAGUUCAAAAAGCACUACUUCAUGCAGAAGGAAGGCCCGAUCGUGUCAGAGAAAAAAGAAAGUCAUACACAUCUGGGAUGGCAAGAGGGUUCUCUGGUCUACAAUGAUAGGGGGGACAGGGCAGCCAACUGCUCUUCUGACAAGCAGCAGAACGAGGGCAAGCUCAUUAAAGCAUCCUUUGCGCCCAUCUGCUUCGCAAUAAAGUCAAAAGAAAAUGACUUUCUGCCCCUGGAGAAGAACCGCGUGAGGCUGGAUGACGAUUCGGAUGAGGACGGGGCGAAAGGGCAGGGGCAAGAGGGGGCAGAGUUGGCGACGGGAUUGGUUGAAGCUGCCAGAGAGCCUCCUCAGUCUCAGUUACCUGAGGAGAGAAAACCGACGCUCUCACAGGAGGAACUUGAAGCCAAACAAGCCAAACAGAAGCUGGAGGACCGGUUAGCGGCAGCAGCGAGAGAGAAAUUGGCUCAGGCCUCCAAAGAGUCCAAAGAGAAGCAGCUCCAGGCCGAACGCAAGAGGAAAGCUGCCCUCUUCCUGCAGACACUGCGUGGCCCUGAGGCUGAGGGCAAGCGAACUGAAGAAAGCGCUGCUCCACCUGAGCCAGUGGUGUCCACCCUUCCCAUGAGUGCUGUUCUCCAACACUCAUCUCAUAUAGCAGGUUUAGAAUACCAACUUCUAGAAACCAUGCCAAUGAGGAGCACAGACGCCCCAAAUCCUCAUAUGACCACAUUUUACUCCUCAUCUUCAUCUCGUGGGCCUGAACGGGACAGAAACAGGGAUCAAGAUCGAGAUAGAGACAAGAGGAAGAAGAAACAUAAGAGAAGGUCUCGGUCCAGGUCCCGAUCACGAUCCAGAUCGAAAUCCAAAACCAAGCACUCUUUGCCCAGUGCUUACUGCACCUACAGGAGAUCCAGGUCUCAGUCUCGUUCCCCCAGCCAACGGGAUCGGCGAGCUCACUCUUCGGAAAGAAAGCGGGAAGGGAGGGAGAAAGAAAGCUAUGGUUCAAGUGCCUACCGCCUUGGCAGCAACCCAGGACUGGGCAGGAAGCGCUCUAGAUCAAGAUCGCCUCAUGAAAAGAAGAGAAAGAGUUCAAAGUCAUCACACCGUCUGAAGGGUUCCUCUUGUUCGCCCUCGGCAUCCCCUAACACAGGCGGAGCAAUGACCAUAGUCUCUGCAAGCCCCUCCCCUGCCACAAGCCCUGCCUCCAGCCUGGGAAGAUCUAGGAAUGGUUCUCAGGAGAAAGACAAGCAAGUGUCCUCAACUAUUGUUUCUUCAGUUCAAACUAAAAUCACUCAGGACCUCAUGGCUAAAGUGCGGGCAAUGCUGGCUGCCUCCAAAGGCCUUCAACCGAACCCUUCCUGAGAGAGUUCCAGUAGGGCUGAACAGAACAUCCAGGCACGUUCCAGCACAAACUUCCAACAAUGCUUGCAUGACAACAACAACCUUCUGGCCAACUUCUGCACUACCCUAUGCUUUUAUCCCUUUAUGUAUGGCUGAUUAGACCUUGUGUUAGUUAGAUGUUUUUAUUUUUGCCUCCAGAUUAGCUUUAGGCAUGGAGACCCCCUUAAUUUUUGAGGUAUAGUGGAACCCAAGCAGGUGUAGAAAGAAACAGACCAAGCAGCAGAUGGUUGGACGGCGUUUAGCUGCAAAAAGGCAACAAGAAUCAAGUAAUGGAGAAGUUGAGAUGUAAUUCCUUGGAUGUAACUAAAAACAAAUUUAAAUUUCCCCUUAAACUGAUGACUGGGCUGUUUUCUUUGUAAUAUUGCCUCUGCCAGAGGUGCACUGCUAUAUCCUUCUGUGAAGGAUAAUGUUAAUUUUCUCACUCUCUUACAUUCUCUUUCCUUUUUUCUCUCUGUAUUUCCCUCUGUACACUUUCCUAUUUAAAGUCACAGUCUUUCUCAGUUCUUUGGAUUUGGGAUAUGUGGCCUUCGGUUUUCCGUUUCUAAGUUUGUACAGGUCUAAUUUUGCAGCUACUUUGUAAAACAUUAAACUGUCAAUAAAGUAUGAAUUAUU